CAGAGACCUAAAGAGCGGUUCGAGUUCGUGAAGGACACCGUCAAUAAGAUCGCCACCGAAAGCAAAGACCUGUUCGACGAGUUGGGGAUCUCUCUCGACACCAAACCCAUUGAGUUCAACGCCCGGGUGCUCGACAAACCUGUCUGUAUGGGCGACGACCGCAAACUCUUCGAACCGAAACCGCUAUCCGAUUGGUUCUUCGUGUCGAUUGCGCCCCACUUUGACGCCAAUCACGACAGUAAUGUCGAGGACUUCAUAAGUCGGUUGACCGCAGAGGCAAAGCGAAUGGGAAUCACUGUCAGCAAACCGUUCGUUAAGAAAGUGGACUACAGGGGCGCGGAUACCGUUAAAUUGGUUUUCGAGAAAAUUAAAAGUUUGCCAACACUUCCGCCACUCGUGGUCUUCUGCAUCCCAUACGGCGAUGGAACUUACCAUCAGAUCAAACACAUGGCGGACAUCGACGUGGGAGUGAUGACCCAAUGCAUGAAAAUCAGUAAUCUUAUGGUCAGGAGUUGCGUCAGGAAUCUGUUGCUCAAAAUCAAUGGCAAACUCGACGGCAAGAAUACGAUGAUCCGCGACACGAAGCCACCCGUGUUUACGACGGGUCUGAUGGUGAUCGGCGCCGACGUCACACACCCGGCGCCGGCCGACAGGAUGUUCUCGUCGGUGGCAGCACUUGUGGGCAGUUAUGACCCGCAGCUCACGAGAUACUCGGCCGCCAUUCGGGUCCAGAAGCGCAGCAAAGAGGAGAUGAUACUGGCGUUCAAAGACAUGGUGGUGGAGCUGUUGUACGCCUAUAAGGGCGUGAAAGCCAAUAACCAGAACCUGCCCACGAGUUUGGUGGUGUUCCGGGACGGCGUCUCUCAGGGCCAGUUCGAGCACGUGCUCCGACACGAGCACAAGCAGCUGUUGGCUGCCUGUGCCGCCAUUGACCUCAACUACAAGCCGAAGAUCACGUUCGUUGUCGUCCAGAAGCGACACAACACGCGACUCAUGCCUCAGAAUCCCUACGAUAAGGACGUCAGCAAAGUUGGUAACAUUCCCGCGGGAACUGUCGUCGACACGAAGAUUGUGGAUCCCGUGCUGUUCGAGUACUACCUGUGCAGUCACGAGGGGGCCAUUGGGACGAGCCGUCCGGCCAAGUAUGUGGUGCUCCACGACGACAAUGGGUUCACUUUCGACGCCAUCGAGCGCUUGUCCUACUAUUUGUGUCACGCAUACGUGCGCUCAACGAAGUCGCUGUCGGUGCCCAUACCCGUCAUGUACGCCCAUUUGGCCGCCAAACGAGCCAAGGAUCACAUCAUUGCCCGCAACCAACACAUGAAGACUCUGGAGAAGCAAUACGACGGCGACGACGAGCACAGAGUGGCCCUCGAGUUGAACGCACGGAUCAAAGUCAACGAUUCGCUCCGCAAUCACUUCUAUUACUGUUGAACUCACUGUCCGUUUAGUAAUUUCCUUUCAUAACAUUAUAACCAGU